CCUUCUGCUCCCGGGUGCUUGGAGUGGAAGCUCUAAGGCUGACACAUCCUCCCGCCCCGUGCGCAGCUGCUCAGUUCCCGCGCGAUGGCUCCGCAGCGGCGAGCGGGUUCCCGCACUCCGGAGAGCGGCGGGGCUGGCGCAGGGGCUCGGGCGGAGGAGCGCCGUCGUCUCAGCAGUGGCAUGAAAGGCAGUGUCCAGAAAGACUCACGCCGGAAGUGGCUGAAAGUGGCAUUCCUCCUGUCAUCUGCUAUGCUUGGCUACCUCCUGAGUGGCAGCUACUUGCUUGGUGAAGAUGGAGUUACCGAAGUGCUGGCCCAUCAAGGUGAAAGCCUACAAUACAAAUUCAUCGAAGUACCCUGCUCAGAGGACUAUGACAGCCACAAACGUUUUGAAGGCUGCACUCCUCGGAAGUGUGGAAGAGGGAUAACAGAUGCCAUAAUCAGCAGGGAGGAAGCUGAGAGAAUCCGUAGAAUAGCAGAGAAGGGACUCUCCCUUGGAGGAUCAGACGGAGGGGCUUCAAUUCUGGACUUGCACUCUGGAGCUCUUUCUUUGGGGAAGCAUUUUGUUAACAUGUACAGAUACUUCAGUAAUAAAGUCCAUGAUACCUUUACAGAAGAAGAUUUUCAGUUAUAUCGUGAUGUGAGGCAGAGAAUCCAACAAAAAAUAGCUCUCACUUUUGGUAUCAGCUCCUCUUCCAUGUAUUUGACGAAGCCAACCUUCUUCUCUAGAAUAAACAACUCAGAAGCAAAAACAUCUCAUGAUGAAUACUGGCACCCACAUAUUGAUAAGAAUUGUGUGGUGGUACAGUCAUACCUCGGUUUAAGUACGCUUCGGUUUGAGUACUUUCAGUUUAAGUACUCCGUGGACCUGUCUGGAACGGAUUAAUCCACUUUCCAUUACUUUCAAUGCGAAAGUUCGCUUCAGGUUAAGUACGCUUCAGGUUAAGUACAGACUUCCGGAACCAAUUGUGUACUUAAAGCGAGGUGCCACUGUAUCUUGGCAAUGCUAAAUAUAUUUCCUGGUAUUUGUUUUUUAAGGUUAGGGUUGGGACUCAGGGAAUUUGGGGUUUUGGUAUAGAAUUGCAAAUCCUGACAUGAAUGAAAGUUCUUGUUUAUUUCGUAGGCACAGGCAUAGGCAAACUCAGCCCUCCAGAUGUUUUGAGACUACAAUUCCCACCAUCCCUGAUCACUGGUCCUGUUAGCUAGGGAUGAUGGGAGUUGUAGUCCCAAAACAUCUAGAGGGCCGAGUUUGCCUAUGCCUGCUCUAGCAAAUUAACAAAACAUUAUUUUACAUUGCAUCAGUCACGUUCAAAAGGUCCUCUCAUAUCUGAAAUAUGAAACUGUGACCUAUGCAGAAGUAAAAAUCAAUUUCUAAGGGAAACAUUCUGUUGUUUGCUCAGAAAUCCAUUUGAAGAUAACAUUGAAUAAUACAGCAUUUUAUAAGAGGUUGCCAACCAUGACCUAUAGGGAAAGUGUUGCAGUGGAUUUGAAAGGCGCCGUUUCAGAUGGCACAAUGAAUGGAUUUUUUUCUCUAGGACGAUUUCAAGCUUGCUUUAACAGUAAUUGUAAAUACAGUUCGCCCACUCUGUUGCAGUUAGUAAAUGCUUGUCAAAUAGGGAAAGUGUUUAUCAGAUCUAAAGAAUAAUCAGCAAUGUUGAAAAGAUAAAGUAGUAAAAGGAUAGGAAUGCACAAAUUCUUUGUGGGGACCAGGGGAAUCAAGAGUGUUGCUGAUAUCCCAAUACUUGUAAAAGGAAUGUCACAAAAUGAAACUUUCUGGUUUUAAAUAUUGGAAAAAGGAAGUAAAAAUUAGGUACCUUUUGAAUCUAUAUCUGCUAUACGAAGGUACAUUUCCUAGUUGCGUUUAUUUUAGUUCUGUUUGGCUGAGGUGUUGACAUGAGGCCAGCAUGAUGCAGAAAAUUCCACAUAGCAUAAGUGAUUGGGCUAGAUCUGAGACCCUACUAUAUAGCUGCUCAGUUCUAAGAUUCUAGAUAUGUCUCCACAGGGGUGUGAGAGCUAUACGUCGUAUCCAUUUCUUCUGAGAGAUGCAAUCCAACAGAGUUGGACAAGAUUGGUUCUCAAGAAACAGAUAUUUACAAAUAUUUAUUUAUUUACAAAUACAAUUACAAACCAGUUUGAGAUGUUCUCCGCCUUAAGUUGUUGUUUAAGUAUAAUAUCCCUAGAAGAACUUUUGUCUGUUUUGCAAGGGUUUUAGUCUUGUUUUAAAUUGAUUUGUGUGGGUUCCCCCCCCCUCAAUUUAAACACUUUUAAUAAGAGUAGAUUGCCUGCUUGUUAAAAGGCAAUCAGUAAAUCAGUGGUGGUGAUGGUAACUCCCAAGAUCAUCAAACUUGCACAGAGAAACCCCUAUGGGACUGGAUACUUUUAUUUGGUGGUUUUUCUUCCUAGGUGACCUACGGCUCUUUUGACUACACAUCAUUGCUUUACCUCUCAGACUACACAGAAGACUUUGGAGGCGGACGGUUUGUCUUUAUGGAUGAAGGGGCAAAUAGGACUGUAGAACCCCG